CCGCUCUCAUUUCUAUCGAUGUCCCUGCUGACUACAAGUGGGUGUUGCUGGCCCUAGUUGGCAUGCAGCCAGCGUAGCACUCGCGCGUCGCGCGCAUCGAUCGCUGGCGCUCGCGCGUCGCUCGCAUGGCUCACCACGCACGCACAGGCGUCUUCUUCGCCAACCAGUACCUCGUCGUCGGCGUCAUGCAGGCGCGCAAGAAGUACGGCAUCAAGUACCCGAACCUCUACGCGCCGCCGGGCCACAAGAACGAAGAGGCGUUCAACUGCGCCCAGCGGGCGCACCAGAACACGGUGGAGAGCAUGCCUCUAUUUUUAGUGAAGCUCGUCCUCGUGGGAUUGUUCUACCCGCUCUUCGCCGCGAGCUGCGGCGGCCUCUGGAGCGUGGGCCGCAUUUUAUAUGGAUACGGCUACAAAACAAAGGGCCCGGACGGCCGGUUGAUCGGAAGCCUGAUCUCGCACCUCGGCGACCUCCCUUUGCAAAUCGCCGUCUUCAAGCUCUGCUACGUCGCGUUCACGACGUGGUAAGGGGGCGCUUGACAGCCAUCGACGUGGGCGGAGGGCACCACGGGAGGCAUGUGACACAAGUAAGUAUUCUGUACUAAGCCCCGACCGCAGACGCAACACAAAACGAUAAAUG